GGCCUGCAAGGGACUCGGGGCUGGGGUCCCGGGCCUUCCCAGAGGGCUCCAUGCCGUGCUGGCUGGCACUCUGCAGCCGCGGGCAAGUUCCCAGACCCCACGUGGGGACAUGACUUCGCACUGUGCGCCCUGUUCGCAGGGACUGGGUUCCGGGCGUUCCCAUCUCCCCCACCCUCGUCCAUCUCAAGAAAGUUCUCCCCUUCCCAGUAGCAUGCCCUGCACUUGUGCCAGGUUGGCUGCGAGGCAAACCGGCCCUGUCCUCAUAGCUCAUUCUAGCUCCGCGGCCCAGUGCCGAGAACAACCCCAGCCAGAAGUUUUCUCCACCUGCUAGAGGGUGCCUCUGAGAGAAAACGGAAAAGGGCAUGACUUUCAUUGUGUUUAUAUCAUUGUUCUGGACUUACAUGUGUCCUCCUUAAGAACCCACCUUGUACCAAUCAUGGCACUUAGUGGUGGGCAGAAUGACAGAGCUCCUGCUGCUUGUCCUGCCUGGACGUCUGCAAGAUUGGCCAAAGGAAGAUUCCCACAGACACCCAAGGAUCCCAGAGAAGGAAGGAAAAGCCACAGCUCUGUGAAACGUCAGCGGAAGACACAAAGACUGAACGUGGCCUACGAGGCCUCAGAAGGUGAGACAGGAGAGGAGGCCGAGCAUCUCCAGGCACCAGGCUGGGAGCCUCGGGACUGGCAGCGGCAGCUGGAGAACAUCCGAACCAUGAGGAGUGGGAAGGACGCACCUGUGGACCAGCUGGGGGCUGAGCACUGCUAUGACCUUAGUGCACCCCCAAAGCAGGUGCGGAGGUACCAGGUGCUGCUCUCACUGAUGCUCUCCAGCCAGACUAAAGACCAGGUGACAGCGGGCGCCAUGCAGCGGCUGCGGGCCCGGGGCCUGACGGUGGACAGCAUCCUGCAGACAGAUGAUAGCACACUGGGCAUGCUCAUCUAUCCCGUGGGCUUCUGGAGGAACAAAGUGAAGUACAUCAAGCAGACCAGUGCUAUUCUGCAGCAGCGUUAUGGCGGGGACAUCCCAGCCUCCGUGGCAGAGCUGGUGGCACUGCCAGGCGUCGGGCCCAAGAUGGCACACUUGGCCAUGGCUGUGGCCUGGGGCACCGUGUCAGGCAUUGCGGUGGACACACAUGUGCACAGAAUCGCCAACCGCCUCAAGUGGACCAAGAAGGCAACGAAGUCCCCAGAGGCGACCCGUACCGCACUGGAGGAGUGGCUACCCAGGGAGCUGUGGAGUGAGAUCAACGGAUUGCUGGUGGGCUUCGGCCAGCAGACUUGCCUGCCCGUCCACCCGCGCUGCCAGGCCUGCCUCAACCGGGCCCUGUGCCCGGCUGCACAGGGACUCUGAGGGCCAUGGGGCCUCUGCCUGGGCGCCACUUUGGCUACUAUCUGUUCUGUGCCUUUGCUGGGGAGCCACAGCCUGUUUAUAAUAAAGCUUGGGGGUUGUUUGCA